AUGGCCGAGUUGGUUAUGGCGCCAGGGAUGUCUCAGUCACUGGCGUGGGUUCGAGUGAGUUCGCUGUCACUGAUUUCAUACAGUCGUUCUAAUUCAGUUCAGGGUAUUUUGAAUUCGCACAACUUCGGCACUGCUAGCCUGAUUGAGAAGCGCACGACAAACUUACGCAGCUUUCUUUCUAGCAAUAGCAUAACAACACAAAAGACGCUCUUGGUUGAGCGGAAAUAUCUAUUGUUCUGUCGUCCUCUGCAUCUCCUCGAUUACCUGGGUUCUGCGAAUUCCUACGGCUACGCAAUUCGCUUGGGUGAUUGCAGUGGGAACCACUACAAGCGCGGCAGUCUCGUUGGUUCUCUCACCAUCACUGCAUCAUGGUAUCACACCACCAAUAUCUUUUUUCGAAUCGAGCUCUUCUGCGCUUCUAUAAUGCCUUCACUCCUCAACCAAAUGGGCAUCUUUGCGGGGUUGGACAACAUUGAGAGAACGAAUAAAGGUGUGACCGCUAUGGUGAAGGGUCUCGCCGUGUCGAAGGUGAAGGAAGCCAAUAUCGAAGCAAAGGUUGCCGACCCCAAAGCAAAACUCCGCCCUGUUCUGCAUCCCGCGGUGCAUGUCGCAAGACAGAAAAUUAAGACACUCAAGGCCUUAAGCCAGUUUAGCUCCACAAUCAGCCUCGAGGCUCGAACCUUCUUCUACGCUAAUACUUGGUUCAGGGUCGUGCGACGUCACGACAGCUACAUACCCUUGUCGGCGAAGUUCCUCUUAGCUAUUCGACAGGAAGGCCGUGCAUCUCUCACAAAGCUAGAGCUACGUGGCGACGACUUCCGGAGUAAACCACGAACGGUCAAGCAAUUCCUUAGCAUCCUUACAAAGUGUACCAACUUACGCCAGCUAAAGAUGGACAUGGACUACGAACAGGUUUUCAUCAAUCCCCUACCAUCUAUCCGCGCCCUCCUGAGUGGGACUCAGCCUUUCGGCCCCGGCGACUCCAAGGAAUUUCUCGCCGUAUUCGCGAGCAUGUCAAACCUUGAGUGUCUGUGCUUGCGGGUCGUCCUCGGUAAGAGAGAAUGGCCUCUAAUGGGCUACUUGAUACGCACCGUAACAUACCGAGGAAAUAACCUUCUGGCAGAAAAGAUGAAGUGGGAAUUCGAGAGCGCUCUUCCGGAUGUCUUCCAUAAGCGGAACAAAAAAAUUCAGUCAGAUUUUCCUAAUCCUAAAGGGGUUAUGAAAACCCUCCCGCUUUCUUGCUUGAACCUGGAUACCCCAUAA